GCGGAAAAGAUGGGCUUGAGUGCGGGACCAGCGGGCGGCUCCCUCUUCUCUCUCUACCACAACGGACAGACCCUGGGCCAGCCGCCUCCCGCGCAUAUGGGGAUACCGCCCUACCAGCUCGACCCCAAAGCAGGUCUGCGGCCACCAGUGUAUCCCUUCGCCGCCUCGGGCCAGUACCCCUACCCCCUGAGCCCUGACUUCACGGCGCAGAUGGCCUCCGCUUGGCCCCCCACACGCAUGUACCACCCGCUUACCUCCUGCUCGGCGCUGACUGCCUCCUACCCUUCCUCUCCGCUCUCUCUCUCCACCGCCACCCUCCCCAGGUUCUCGCCGAGUGGCCUAAUGCACCCCCACCCCGGCCUCACCCCGCCCCUCACCCACCCCCUCGUCGCCUCCCCCAAGACAGAGCUUCCCAACACCUCCCACGACAACCACAGCUCGUACUUGCCCCAUUCAGUAUCAGGACUGCCAUUCUGCGCACGCCCCGCAUAUCCUGCGCAUACGUGUCCCCCAGGCAUCUGUUCUACGCUAAGACACCAGGGCCUUGACCAAAAGCAGUCUCUGCAGGGAGAAAAGACACAAAUGAUCGAGACCAAAAACGGAGAGAAAAAGCCGCACAUCAAGAAGCCGCUGAACGCCUUCAUGCUGUACAUGAAGGAGAUGCGCGCCAAGGUGGUGGCGGAGUGCACGCUCAAAGAAAGCGCUGCCAUCAACCAGAUCCUGGGUCGGAAGUGGCAUGCGCUUAGCCGCGAAGAACAGGCCAAGUACUAUGAAAUGGCGCGUAAAGAGCGCCAGCUUCACAUGCAGAUGUACCCGGGCUGGUCCUCACGCCAAAAUUACUCGCAGGGGAAAAAGAAGAAACGUAACCGUGACAAAACCCAAGAUGGAGCUAAUAUGAAGAAGUGCCGCGCGAGAUACGGCCUGGAGCAGCAGAGCCAGUGGUGUAAACCUUGCAGGCGAAAGAAGAAGUGCAUCCGGUACAUGGAGGGCGAGGAGGGUGAGGACAUGGCACCUGGAUCGGCCGACAGUGUAGAUGCCUCGCAGGAGAGUAACGACGAGGAUGACCUUCAAGAGAUGUCGUCUCCAUCAACCGCGAUGGUGGGUGACCAGACUGCCACUUCGCCGGCUUCCUCCAGCCUCAUGCCCUCCCCCGGGCCUUCCUUGGCAUCGCCAUCGGGACCGCCAUCGUUGCUCAUGCAAUCGCCAGCCUCCCUAGCCUCCCCACUAACGCCAGGGGAGGGCCCCCCACUACCCAUCAACCAGGUGCCCCAAGUCCCGCAUCCCCAACGGCCCCCCGUGGGCACCAAUCCCCGUGACAUUAACAACCCUCUUAGUGUAAACCAGUUGACUGGCCAGUGCGCUAGCAACAAGCCCGAUACUGGGUCUCAAGACUCUUCGCAUCCCGCCAUGGUGAGCGUCACAUGACCCACUGCAACCUUAGCCCCCAACACCCACAAGCUGUGCUGGACACGCCCGCCCCAACCCUCAUACCCACACUGCGCCUUUCACCACGAAAAAGUGCUAUAAUGAAUGCUUAAUAAUUUCUGUCGAGUGUCGUUUCUGGUGGACAGUUGUUCGUCGGGUUUUCAGGACCAAAAUUUUUCCCGCUAGGAUGGGCCUGUGCCAGUACAGUCACCAAUACCUCAGUGUCAAGAGUGUGGCUGAAGACAAAGACUUGUGGCCCCUGCUUGGCACCAUCCCUGUAUAUAAUGUUCCUUCACAUCAUGAAUCAACCCUCCAUUGUCUCACUCACAGCAGUGUUAGGUACUCCACUCUGAAGCUGCUAGGCCAGCCCUUCACUUUGUUCUAUUCUGCAAAUUUUUAAAAAAAAUUUAUGCAAGUUCUAUAUUGAAUAUUGCCGUAUAAAUGAACACACACACACACACACACACACACACACACACACACACACACACACACACACACACACACACACACACACACACACACACACACACACACACACACACACACACACACACACACACACACACACACACACACACACACACACACACACACACACACACACACACACACACACACAUAUGGUAAUUCAUGACAUCCUCUGCCUUAGUAAUUGUGUGUAUUUUUAGCCCAAACCUUGCCAGUGCUGAGGACUGAGUAGACAGUGGCCUGCCAGGAGGGAUUGUCAAGGGACCAUGGUAGCUGCUGGAAAGUUACUGCUACUUAUGAAACUAAAUAUUUUAAUAUUCAAAUAUAACAUUUGAAUUUUUAAAUGCACAGUACAAUAAAAUGUUUGAUAAUUUUGCUGCCCAGAUACUACUACUACUACUACUACUACUACUACUACUACUACUACUACUACUACUACUACCACCACUACUACUAUUACCAACACCACCACCACCACUACCACCACCACCACCACCACCACCUCCACUUCCACCUUCACCUCCACCACCAUCACCACCUAAAAUAAAUUAACAACAGAUCAGGUUUUGCAGUGUAUUGUUAUUAUUUAUUUUAUUUUUAUUUUUUAUUUAUUUAUUUAUUUAUUUUAUUUUUAUUUAUUUAUUUAUUUUUAUUUAUUUAUUUUUUUUUUUUUUUCUCAAAACACCCAGUGAACACCUUGAUCUGUGGACCAGCCACUGGCCAUUGAGUGUGUCAUUUACAACCAGCAUUGUUUUGCCUCACCACCACAUGCCAACUGCUCUUCUGAAUCUGCAGUACACCAUGUAUUUCCCUCCCUCCUCUGCUGUUUUCUGUGUAGUUAGAUUUCAUGAAUUUCUAUAUUAUCUGAGAUAUCAUGUUGCACAACCAAAAUUGUCUCAAGACAGCAGCAGUCUGGUCCUGCUCACCAGACUUUUUCUGAAGCUGAACACAUCCAUGAUUUAAUUAAAUUGAAAUACAGUAGUCACUUUCUGAUGCUACAGGGUAUGUACAUUGCAACAAAAUGGCUUCAUGUUGUGUGGCAGCUAAGGUCUUUUAGCAGAGCACCAAACAACACACAUGCUUUACUCUGACUCUUUGUCUAGUUACAGAAUUGUAAAAACACUGAAACCACUCAGAAGAUCCAACAUUGAUGUCAUUAAUUUUCAUCAUUGUCAUCACCAUCCUUGAUGCUUUAUAAGAAAUGGCUGUGCAGGAAUGCCUCAACGUACAUUUUCAUGUAUGACUCAUCACCAUGCUACAUCACACAUUCUUUUUUGCAUACUUGCCUUUCACUCCCUACUUCCUAGCUGCAUCAAAUACAUAUCUCCUUCUCUUACUUGUGCCUCUCUCUUCACAUAACUUUCACUUCAUAUAUGCACACAAACACCCCUUUCACUAUAAUUGGACUGUGUAUUGCAAUGAAGCCAUUUCAUGCCAUCUGGGAUCUGCUCCAACCCAUUAAGUAACAUUGGGCACACUUGUCACAUACCUGUAAAGAUGUGAUCAAUUUACAACCAAAUGAAACUUUUCUUAAAUCUUAGGGGAAGUGCACAUUGUGGAAAAGUAAUGGAAAAGAAAAUAAGUGAUUACAGUCUUACAUGAAAGCUGCCAAAGAUUCCUCCAGAUUGCCUUGCAAACUCUGGCAAACUGGAAAGCAGCAUCUACCCAGACCUCAGAAAUGGCAAGGUCUAUUGAAGAAAGAUUAAAGUCAUGUGCUGGAUGUGCGCAGGUUCGAGAAUUAGUGAACAUCCUCUGGCAUCUUUAAGCUAGCAACAGACAAUGAUUUGCAUAGCAGUUAUGAAUGAUUUGUUCUCUGUUCCUCGGCACCUGUACUUGUGUGUGUUCUCUCAAAGACCGAGUGGAAGCCAAGCAUGUGUCAGCACAGCAGCUGAGCCGAGCUGACGUGCUGCCCUGCCUCACUGCUGCCAUCAUUAUUAUAAUUAUUUUAGAUGUUUGUUUUUGCUGUUGAUUUUUUAUAUGUGUUCUAAGUGUUGUAAGUCACCUCAACAUUUCUUCUCCCUGAAUGCUACAAGUGUAUCCAUUCUUCCCACCUCUUGAGUGUUGGAAAUACAUACAACAGUAUAAUACACAUUUUCUUGAAAAUUAAUCACUUUAAAACUGCAACCAGUAUGGCUCCUUGUUUUUUCAAAGAAUAUAAGUGAUAUAUUUACCUAACUAACUUGUUUAAAGUACAACAUUUAUGGCAUUAUUAUUAUUUUUUUUUAUUUUUUAUUUAUUUAUUUAUUUUUUUGUGUGUGUGUGUGUGUGUGUGUGUGUGUGUGUGUGUGUAUAUGUAUGUAUGUAUGUAUGUGUGUGUGUGUGUGUGUGUGUGUGUGUGUGUGUGUGUGUAAAAACAAGGUACAAAACUAAUUCUUCUGUACAAUGAAAUUGUAAAAAUGUCAGUAAUGUUUUAUUUUGAAUUGGUGUCUGUGGUGUGUGGCAGGAUGAGUGAGGUGCAGCAUGUGCAGCCUCCCACCAGCCUAGACAGAGGAUCCCUGAGCCUCUUGUUGUUGUCACCUCUCCUUGAUCAGCACCUCAAUCACACAGGUGUCAUAGGGGUGACUGCUGCUGCUGUUACUUAUCAUUCUUCAAAAUAACAUGUGUGUGUGCCAAUUCUUGACUCAAAAUAUCAAAACAAAUCACAAUAUUCAAUCAUUUUUAAGUCAAAAAGCACUCGGACAUUGCAGAUUUGCUGUUGGUUAGCACUGUGCCACCCACAACCUAAUGUCCUAGGAAAACCAAGGACAAUGUCAACUUAAUCAGUCAUAUUCAUAAUGAAAGACUGCUUUGGUCACAAAAUCCAUUGUUUGGCCUAAGCUCAAACAGGAAGAAGCUUGGCACAGCUCAUGAUGGUGUGGUUACAUGCAAUCUGUUCUUUAAUAUAUGCGGCAGCAGAUAAGCAGAAUAGGAAAGGUUGCUGUACACGCACACAAUAAUUACAGCAUAAAAAUUAUUGUUGAAGCAUAUUUUUAAAGGAUCAGUGAGUGUGUGUACAGCCAGCAACAUGAAGAGGCCAGGGACUGAGGAGGGUAUUGUGUCUGCUGCUGCUGAGUUAUUUUGUGAUGCACAACACUGGCAAGAGAAAAUGGAAAUGCAGGGCAUUACCACCAGGCUGUCAAACCAAAUAUCCUCAUGUACCACCAGAAUAAGGAAUCCUCUCACUGUGAGGAACUUCCAGACUGCCAGAACACAGCAGAGGAACAUUAAUAAAACAUAAAUAAUGUACUGUUUUGAUCUUUAUAUAAGUGGUGAGUGGAUGUACUGAUCUGCAUCACUUAGGACAAAAUAUGUAACUGAAUACAUAUAGUGUAAGUGUACUUGUGUACUUGUGGAUGUGAUACAUUGAGACACCAUGUAAGCAUGUGCUGCUGCCUCACAUACUGAUACCAGUCACUGCUGUGUGUGCAUAUCUAAUGGCUCUCUUGGCAGUCACUCAGCUGGCACUGGCCAAGUCAUCUCACCACCUAAGGAGAAAGAACAGGAACACGGAUUGGCUGGCUACACUACUUUGUCAUUCACCUUUACAAAAUGUCUUUCCACCCCAGUGAUGUACUUUAUUUUUAAGGGGACAUUGAACUUAAAAUAAAUGUAAAGUAUCAAUUGUAAAUUUUUUGUAAAAAUCUACUUAUAUCACUUGUAGUGACAAAUGUGAAUCCUCAAGCAUGGUGUGUGUGUCUGUGUGUGUGUGUGUGUGUGUGUGUGUGUGUGUGUGUGUGUGAGAGAAAUCUUAUACUUCUUUGGGUCUUCAAGUUCCUUGCCUUCACCACUUUUAUGUAAGCAAUGUAAUCAGAUGAGGAUUAUAUCCAAAUCAUCAGAUCCCUCCUUCCCAUUAUCAUGUGUGGUGAAUGCAGUACAUAAUUACUACCUGAAUCUUCUGGUACAUCUGAGUGAAUCUUGUAGCCCAGCCACUCAUUUUUCUAUUAUCAGGGGACCCUCAUAAAAUGUUUUCCUUGUGGUGCAGUUGAGCCCAGUAAAGAAAUUUUAGAAGUGGGAUUUCUGUGGGCAAAAGAAAAGAGUGGACUGCGAGCACCACACACCAGGGUCCUUCCCUUCAUGUUGGAGCCGCUGAGCCACCCACUCCUCGGUGCCACCCGCAGGAGGCCGAUGCUGGCUGCCGCUCAGAGCUUGUGCAGAUUUGAUGACAAAAUGUUGUGCAUUAUAAAGGUCUCUUAGAAAUCACAAUUCAUCGUGUAUAGUACAGGAUUUUGUAUGUGAGGGAUAUGUAAGCUUUUUUGCAGGUUUUCCAUUUUUUACUCCAGUUUUAGAAAUUUUCACCAGUGAUAAUGAUAAUGAUGAUAGCAGUGUUGCAGACUCAAUGUAAAUUCAAUACAUGUUAUUCAGUCAGCACAAAUCUUUGCAAGAGGGAAAGAAAAUCAGCUGAGUUGGCAACACUGUUAUAGAGUUAAUAAAUGAAGCUCCGACCAGCUGAGGGUGGCCUCCUUGGGUCCCUAACCCUGUCCCUGACCCACUGUCCAGAACAGUCCAGUAAUGGCACCUUCCUUCAUCCCAUCUAUUAUGUUUGCUUCAUGCUGACAGGGUUAAAAAUACUACUUGUUCAACAUGUAUAGUCUGGAAGAAAAGUUAUGCUGCCAUCAGAGUCCUGUGAAAGGUUCAAAUUUAAUGUGUGUAUUACUUUUGUUGCUACAAAUGUUACCUUUUAUGUAAUUCAUGGGAAAACUGCAAUGUAUCUACACAUCAUGGUUUGCUGCUCUUCUUUUAAGAGCUGGUAACUUCAGUAGACAGUUAAUACCUGUCUCUCUUCCUCUGAACUUUAUGCUUACAUGUCCUUGUAUUGCUUUUCUAUCUUCUCUUACUUGUUCCUUUCUUCCUAAUUCUUGUCCUCCUAAGGGGCUGAGUGGUGCAGUAAUACAAAUAGAUGCCAUGUCUGCUGAAUAAUUUGAUGGAUAUUCCAGCCUCAGUGGGGUGCCAUGCAGUGGGUGAAGUAGCUAACUCCAUUUACACUAAGAAGGGCUUUAUGACCUUGACUAUUUUAUAUUCCCAACAUUCUUAAUUCCUUCUCAACAACCCUCAAACAAUCAGUAACCAUACAUGCAUGUCAUUCCCUGCCUUGGAGCAUCAUGGAAACACUGAAAAAUUGACCUAAAGAUGGAAUUAAUUGACUGUGAGAGGCUUUUGCCAGAGAUCAAAUCUCCAUCAGGAUACUCACAGAAAUAAAAGUCCAACACCUUCAUCAAUCAUAUCAUUACCACGCCCUAAGUGGGUUUGAGUCAGCCAUAACAGUCCUGUCACUACACAGUUAUUGUCUUUCAAAAAUAUGCAUUCAGCUAAUGAAAGGCUGAUCAGCAUGUUCCCUGCACACUAAAGCAUCUGUUGUACAAAAUGGUAGUCACCUCAUCGACUUGAGAACAUAAACCACUUUCCAGUUUACAUCAUGAUGACUAACAAAACUAUCCAUCAUUUUUGUCUUCAUCACCCUCCUCCUCUUUUUCUCUUUCUCAGUGAUGCCUUUAUAUGUCACUGCAUUUCCUGUUCCUGGUCUGUCCAUUCGUGCAUAGCGCCAUAACCAGAUACACCCAGAAACUUUGUUUAUUUACUUAUUUAUUUUCUGUAGUUCAUGUAUUACUACAUACUACCAAAUUUUGCAAAUAUCCUCCCUCGACUUCCCCUACAAUGCAAGUUCACCAUAACCUCUCUGUCUGCGUGUGUAUGUUGUUGUAACAUAUUCCUCUGUCUGGGUAAUUAACAGACGAAAUAUUCUAAAGGGGAAAACAAAAUAAAGAACAAAAAUAUCUCAUUUUUUUUACUCAGCCACCGUAACUCUAGUACUAGUCUUGCUCUGUCCACACAUGCACACACCCACGCACACAUUACUCGCUAGCUUAGUGGUAACUUUCUUGCCGGUCACUUGGCAGGCAUAGGUUUGCGACCUGCUCAGAUUGUCAAGGUUUUCACCGAUAAAUAAGCAAUUGCAGCCCUUUUUGAGCAAGCUUUGUGUGUGUGUGUGGGUGGGUGGGCGUGCCUUUCCCAUUGAUCGAACUGUAUGAGCUCUAAGCUCUAUCCAGGAGGAUAAAGCUGUGAAUUUGAAUACAGUAGGUGAUCUUUAAGACCGUGGCGAUUUACACACACACACACACACACCCCAUCCUUCCAUCCAUCCCAAACAUUAUUAAUUGUCCCUAUAUUGUUGUAACAUCCCCUUCAUACCCCACCCAAACCACGAUACACCCACUGUUCCCGGCCUCCAUCAGCCCUCACCCUCAGCCCCAACACGUCCCCCGCCACCCAAGGCUUCGGAGCUUCGCGAAUCCAAUCGGCGACACACGAGAACAUCGCCCUUGGAGAGGGACACACACACUCACCUCACAUGGGGCACAGCAGGGGAAGGCGGCACGGUCUCGGGGGCGGGGCGGGGACGGGGGCGUUUUGAGGAUCCCCUCACCCUCCCCCUCCUCCGAGGUGCGGAUAUAUAACAAAUAAUAAUAAUAAUAAUAAUAACAAAUAAUAAUAAUAUUAAUGAUAAUAAAUAAAUAAUAAUACUAUGUCAAGAAUGUUCACCUUAGCGUUUCUCAUUCCCUAGGUCAAGUGGUGAGUUUUGUGUGAUGUUGGUGUUGAGUAUUGUACAUAUGAUUGAAUGUUAUCGGUUUUUCAUUUCGAUUUUUUUUUCUAUCAUCAUUAUAUUUCUCUUUUUUCACUGUUUCGAACUAGAAGGCUGUUGUAUCUUUCCAUAAGCAGUCCAUGUAGCUGUGGAUGUGAUUUGUUCUCUCACUGUGCCAAUUUGCCUGCGGUCCCAGCCGGUCAUAAAUAAAAUAACAAAAAAAGAAAAAAAACACUGGCCCCAGGUUCUUAAUGUAAAUAUGGUAAUAUAUUAGCUAGUAUUCUAUUCCAAGAGAAUCGUAAUUGCCGGACAAUCAUCAUUCACACGUCAGUCUGUCUCACUCGGACAUUCUGAUUCAUGUUUCCGUUGUAUUUUUGUAAACCUCCCCCGCCCCCCUCAGUUCCUCCACGACCACCGUCUUGUAAGGAGCAUUGUCACACUUGUUGAAGUCGGAGAUGCGAUGUACAGAAAAAAGGAAUCUAGAGAAAUUGUUCAUGUAAAUAGUAUGUAGUAAAUAAAUCAAUUUCAUAAGA